AAACAGUUGGAUGGUACCCAAGCGAUGCGUCGUUUACGUAACAACGCUUGAUAGAACAACCUUCGGCGGCAGAGGAUUGUGAAGGGAGACGCUCUGCACCGAGACCCUAGCAUAUAUGUACAUACUGUAGGCAUAAAUUGGAUUGGGUUCUUCUGUAAUCAGAGAAUGGGCGUCGGGAAUGAAACGUCACUAAAGACAGAUUAUGCCAAGAGGUCAAGGCGUGCAGACCUGACUCGAGAUUGCAGGUGAGGUGGACCCCUGGAGCUAAUAGGUACUCAUACUGUAGGGCUACUCGCUACCUUCCCAUUAGCCAUUCUUCUGCAGCCGUCGCGCAGAGGUCGACUGGAGAUCCAUAGCUGCACUGCGGAGAAGUUCGCGACCGUUGAACAAAGUGAAGCGCGCGCAAAGAAAGAGAUUCAGUAUGCCAAGUUUCCGACUCCCAUUCCUGCGAAAGAUGCCACAAAGCCUAAGCUGGUGCGAGAAGCGUACAUUUUUUUCUACCUUUGGUCUCGCCGCCGGCACCUUCGUCUUCCUCACCGACAACAUUGUAACUGUUCAAAGGGUCCGCGGCCGAUCCAUGGCCCCAUCUAUCUCCCCAGCGUACCAUGAGACAGGCAACCGAGACACUAUUCUACUGGAGAAACUUCUACCCGCACUGGAACUCCAGCGUGGAGAUAUCGUGAGCUUUUGGACGCCAAACCGCCCGGACCGCACGGCCAUCAAGCGUGUCAUUGCGACCGAAGGGGACAUUGUCUACCCACAAAGACGUCAUCCGCUCAAAAAGGUCGUCAUACCGCAUGGUCACGUUUGGGUAGAAGGGGACAAUCAUGAGCAAAACGCAUCUGUUGACAGCAAUGACUAUGGUCCUAUCUCUCUGAACCUCAUAGAUGGGAAGGCACGCGCUGUGGUGUGGCCGCCAAGUCGCAUGGGAGCCAUUGUAGACCGCCGUUCGAGGCGGACUCGUGUUGAGCCCGGCAAGUCUGAGAUGCCCCGAGAGUACGAGGAAUGAGGCAUAUCUGAUACAAAAGGGUCGCUGAAGCAGGUACGAUC